AUGAAUCCUGGAUUAGUCUAUGACUUGAGUGUCAACGAUUACUUGGACUUCCUUUGUGCCAUUAGUUACAACCAAACACUGAUUUGCAGUUUCACAGGAUCAAAGAAGCCUUAUAAUUGUCCAGAGAAGUAUAGUUUACUGAACUUCAACUACCCUUCUAUGACAGUGCCAAAUCUCUCUGGAUCAGUCACAGUGCAUAGAAAACUGAAAAAUGUUGGCACAUCGAGGCACGAACGCAGUCCGAUCGUCAACCGGAAGGAUUUUCUGUUUCCGUGGAACCCAAUCUUGAAGUCUGAUAGAAUUGGUGAAGAAAGAGCUUCAAGUUGA